AUGUCCUGGGGCACUCCCUCCAUCCAGGCCGUGGGAGACUUUGACUUCAACGGUUCAGGGUCCCCAGGACGGAGGCCGAGUCUCGGUGCCCACUCCUGUGACCUAGCGCCCCACACAGAGGUGUGUCUUCCUCGGGCCGCCUGGGACCUGGGACGCGAGGGGCAGGGCCCAGCCGGCGCCAGGCCACGGAAUCCGCCCGGCCCCUCACCUGAGCCGCCAGCCGCCGCCCGCACUUCCUCGCCCCGCCCCGCCCCGCCCCUUCCACAUUCCUGCCCCGCCCCUUCCACAUUCCUGCCCCGCCGGCCCCGAGGCCGCCGCUCCGCUGCGCCUGGCCCUCCCUCCGCUGCCCCACGGAAGGCGGCCCAGGCCUCAGGCGAGGAGGCGCCGCUCGGCGCGCGGUCCGUCAAGGUGGUCCUGGUGGGCGACGGCGGCUGCGGGAAGACGUCGCUGCUGAUGGUCUUCGCCGAGGGCGCCUUCCCCGAGAGCUACACCCCCACGGUAUUCGAGCAGCUCACCGUGAAUCUGCACGUGAAGGGCAAACCCGUGCACCUCCAAAUCUGGGACACAGCAGGGCAAGUCGACUACGACCGCCUGCGGCCCCUGUUCUACCCUGAUGCCAGCGUCCUGCUCCUCUGCUUUGACGUCACCAGCCCACACAGCUUUGACAACAUCUCUAACCGGUGGUACCCGGAGGUGAAUCACUUCUGCAAGGAGGUGCCCAUCAUCGUCGUGGCCUGCAAGACUGACCUGCGCAAGGACAAGUUGCUGGUGAAGAAGCUGCAGAAAAAUAGGUUGGAACCUGUGACCUACCACAGGGGCCAGGAGAUGGCACGGGCCGUGGGCGCCGUGGCCUACCUCGAGUGCUCGGCUCUGCUCCAGGAGAACGUCCACACCAUCUUCCAGGAGGCGGCCAAGGUGGCCCUCAGCAGCCGCCGUCACAACUUCUGGAGGCGGAUUACCCAGAGCUGUUGUGUGGUGACUUGAUGGGCUGGGGCGCUCCUUCCCUGACCACACCAGCGGCACAGGAAGGAGCUGGGCGCUGACCUGGCCAGUUGGCUGGGCUGGACCCAGUCCCCAGGCUGUGACCACCGAACUGUACCCCAAACAGAUGGGCACCACCGAGGCCGGGCCCCUGACUCUGGCGCUGGUAUCCCUGGACUGGAGAGAAACCCCUCUGAGGCCUGAGGAAGGGGGUUCCUGGGCUCACCAGCCCUGUGGAGGGCUAGGCCUGGAGACCCCUGGAAUCACUCCCAGCUCCCAGCCCUGGACUACACAUCCUGGAGCGGCCUGUGCAGCCUGGCGCCACCUCGUGGGUGUUCCCGGGCCUGCACCUUCAGGACCCGGUGGUGCUAGGACCCUCCAGCCAGAACUCACACCCUGCCCCAUCCCCCUUCGCCCUGCCCAUCCCAGUGGUAACUGUAACACUAAAAUGACAUCACUUUUCA